ACUCAGCUGCAGCAGAAUAUACAGGCUAAUAUACCCUACUUUAUACCUUACUUUACAUAUUGAGAAAAAGUCAUUGCAUCACAUGCCACGUGAGCCAACACUGAUGUUGCGCUCUUUGUUUUAAUUAUAACGGGAGCGAGCUAAGCGCAGCCCGUGGACAAAUGAGCUUAUAAUAAGCGCUGGUCACUGACUGGGUCUGUGUCGCCGCUGGACGUGUCUGGGGAGCACCGCUGCUGCACAUUUUAACUAUAACCCAUUCUAACAUAUGUGUGAAGAUGGAGUUUGGAGAGAGGAAGAGGAGCAGGAAGUCUCAGAGCUUUAAACUGCUCUCGGCUGAAGUUGCAGUUGAAGCCCCCAUCAGUGUGUCCAAAGAUGCUACUGCUGUGCCCAGUGAAGAUUGGGUGGGGGAGGAUGGCAUGGAGAUCAAGAGGCAGAUCACUGGAAUGAUGAAGAUUCUGAGCGACAGGAGUGGAAGGGGUUAUCAGCGAGUCGGCCCGGUACUGUCCCAGGACAGAGGGGAGGAUGGGGGUCAGUCUUCUCUGUGGCUGCCUGAUGAUGACCACGUCUGGACCUCUGUGGAGGGAAUUGCACCUUCAACCCUGCCUUCCACGCACACCAAUGCACCUGGGACCCGCUCCAGAGGUCAGAGAGAACUGCACAGCACGAAGGAUUUGACCAAAGCACUUCAAGUCAGUGCAGACACCAGGCCUCCCUCAACGGAACCACCCUGCUGCAUGUGUAACUGUAAGGACACACUACAGGCCAUUUUGCAGGAGCUUCAAGUGAUGAGAACAAUUUUGCAGUCUGAAAAAGAAAAACAGGAGCCAAAUGCAGUAUUACCUUGUCAACCUGCCCUGCAUGGCCCUACCCCUCCACACAGACCAUUGAAGAGGAGGCCCAUCUACAAAGUGCCACCCCUGGCGGAGUGCAGUGCUAGGCAUGAACCUGUAUCCCCUGUUCCUGUCUGUGCUCCUGUCUUUGCACCUGUCUCUGCUCAUGCCUCUACUCCUGCACACAGUAGAGAGAUCGGUGAUGCUGUGAAACCAGUAGACACAUUCAGAGCCCUGGGUCAGUCCAUAGAUGCACAGCCAGACAGUGCCAACAGUGAUACCACCUCCCUGCUCCAUCCGCCAAGUAAACAUCUGGAAUCAGAGCCAGAGGUGCGUCUGGUAGAGGACUACGAUGUGUUCAUCUCAAAGGCUCAGCUCGACUCCAUUUUGAUCAACUACACUCGCUCUGGCAGCUUGCUCUUCAGAAAAUUGGUGUGUGCCUUCUUUAACGAUGCCACCCUGGCCAACUCUUUGCCCAAUGGAAAAAGAAAAAGAGGGCUCAAUGACUACAGAAAGGGCUUGGACCAGAACAUUGUAGGAGCUGUUAAAGCAUUUACAGAAAAAUAUUGCAUUGAACACAACAUAGAAAAGCUGCCUGGCCCACGAGACUGGGUUCAAAUCCUACAGGACCAGAUCAAACUGGCCCGGAGGCGACUGAGGAGAGAUGCAGCUGAAGACAAGAUAUAAAAAUAUCUUCAAACUAUGCUCUUUAUUUCUCAAUCAGCUGAUGUCUGUGGGUGGCCUUAUGUGGUAGUGAUGGCCCAACAUUACAACUAUUUCUUAUGUAAUAAUAUUUUUUAUAUCUCUACCUUUUGCUCCUCCUGAUUUUCAUUUUGCUUUAGGUCAGACACAAAAAAAAUAUCUCAGUUUCAUCUCUAAUAAUAAUGAUCUCCAGGCCUAUAUUGAUCCAUGUAACAUAGCCCAAAUUCUGCCCAUGCAGACCUAUCUGAAGAUUAUUUAACAUUAUUUAAA